UUCUCUAGAAAAUUGGGGGUGCUGUGCUGUGUACAGAGAACGUAACUUCUUAUCGUAGCUGAAAAGGUAACAUUUCCAGCUUUACAGCAGAAGGUGGUGCCAGUUUGCCACCUUCCAUUAAGGCUCAUUGUUAGACUGCGACAUGACUGGGCAAUUCAGUUCUCCAUGUUUUCCUUAUAAGUGUGAAAGUCUGUGUACUUCUGUACAGCCACACUCCCUUGUCUGUAUUUUAAUGGCUGAAGUCUCUGUUCCUAGUCCUUGACUUAGAACACAGCAGAACUGUGUAGUGCUUAGACUCUGUGUGCAUAAACGCUUCCAUAGCAAGCAUGUAGCUGAAAGAAGCAAAGUGCAUCUGUCCUGCUAUUUAAAGUGCUAGCCAUCAGUUUUAUUUGUUGUUAGUGGGCCGCAGUUUCAAGCAAGUUAUUCCAAUCUCUGGAGAUGGGUUAGACCACUACACUUUCUGGAUAAUUUGGACUGCUCCAAGGCUCUUCCCAAGCCUCUGAGGACCACGUUGGUACGUCUGGUAGUGUGGUCAGACCGGAGCUCUUCCCAAGGCUUCCAGGCUUCAGUCAGAUGCCUCUGACCUGCUCUUCCAGAUAAGAUUCCAGGUUUACUUUAUAUUUUGAAACAAAAUGGAAGACAUUGUUCCAGCCCUGGGAAAUCAACGGUCUGUAGAAAUGACUUUAGAAGCCCUUAAAGAGGCCAGCUUUAAAGGAUUUCAUCUACAAGCUCGAGAAGUGGAAGGAGAUGUUCCUGUUGGUACUUUUAAAAUUACAGAUCAAAACACAAAAGGCUUGGAUUGUCAUAACGUGACGAAUUCAGCUGUAAGUCAUGCAAAUUCAGAUGCGAAACAGAAAGUUACAACAACGUGGAUUGCACCACAUGAUAUUAGAGAUCUUCAGUUUAUCGCAACUGUUGUUCAAGAUCUAGAGAAAUUUUGGGUCGGAGUUCAAAGCAAAACCCUCACACCUACACAUUCUGAGUCAGUUAAUGGGACAGGAAGAAGUAAGAGGAAGAUUAUGAUAGAAAUAGAAUGUGCCAAGCGUGGAGGGACUUACACACCACAAAGUGGAUGCGUCCUAGUUGGACCCUCCGGUUCCUCUCGGAACAGCUAUACAAGUGGUCAGAGUGGAGUAGUCUACUCAAUAAGCAAGAGCGGAUGUGUCCCAGGAGGGACUGCUGAUGCAUACAGCAGACAUGCCUGCAAAGAUAGUGCAUCCUCAUAUAGACCUGGUCUUACCUAUGGCCAGUCUGUCCCUGCAAGCAGUUCAGAUUCCAGUAAGAAGGUGGUGGUCAUUGCUAACAGCAAUCCUUUCCCACCUGUGCGUCAUACCUACCCGCAGCUCUUGGGCAGUUCUGCUACUAAGGUCAUAAUACAGGAUGGACGAAGACAACACAGCAGCAGCUAUACUUAUGCUCAGGGUUACCAGCCUCAAGGUGGCAGUUCCUAUGGCCAGGGUGGGCCAAGUUACUCGGGGAGCAGCAGCAGCAGCUCUUAUGGCCAGGGCUACCAGCCUCAAGGUGGCAGUUCCUACGGCCAGCAGGGUGGAUAUCCCUCUUCAGAUGGUAGCAGUGGUUGUGGACAGGGUACUUCGUAUGAUAGCAAUCCCUGCCACCAGGAUGGAUCACAGGGUGGUAGCCAGGGUGGAUCAUACUCCUCACAAAACUAUGGUGAUAGCCAAAGUGGCUCAUCAUCUUCACAACAUUAUGGUGGCAGCCAGAACUAUGGAGGUGGCCAAGGUGGAUCAUCCUCUUCAGACAGCUAUAGUGAUAAUCAGGAUUCACAGGUUUCUUCAGAUGAUAAUCCCAAUGCUUGUGAUGAUAAUGACACUACAUAUAGUGCUAAUGGUCAGAGUUCUGGUUGUUCAAACAGAAAGAUUGUUGUUGCACGCGACACAUCACAUGUUUUGAGCAAAAGAGACUAUGAUGUACAGAAUGGAUCUUCUACUUCAAAUGGCAACCACACCAACCUCCAGGAUGGAUCCUUUAUUGCAACCGGUGGUGGAUCAAGUAGCCAGGGUGGUUGCAUUUGUCCUGAUGGAAGCAGUGGAAUUAGACAGGGAGCGCCAGGUUCUUCACACAGCACGUACUCUGGUAACCAGGGAGGAUCCUCCUUCUACCCAGGAGGAUCUUAUGGACAGGGAGCGCCAGGUUCUUCACACAGCACGUACUCUGGUAACCAGGGAGGAUCCUCCUUCUACCCGGGAGGAUCCUCCUUCUACCCAGGAGGAUCUUAUGGACAGGGAGCGCCAGGUUCUUCACACAGCACGUACUCUGGUAACCAGGGGGGACCUUCCUUCUAUCCUGGUGGAUCUCAUGGACAGGGAGCGCCAGGUUCUUCACACAGCACGUACUCUGGUAACCAGGGGGGACCUUCCUUCUAUCCUGGUGGAUCUCAUGGACAGGGCGAGUCUUCUGUCUAUGACAGCAGCAGCGAAUCCUAUGGUCAGGAUGGACCUUCCACAUACGAUAUUGGUGGACCUUAUGGUGAGGAUUCACCUCCCGUAGGAGGCGAUGAAUCUGAUGAAAGUGAUUCCCCCACACCAUCUGGCAGCCAGCAUAGUGGAGCGGCGUCAUCUUCUCAUGGUGGUAGUUACUCCAGUCGACAGGACUCAUCUUCAUCAGGAAGCAGCCAGUAUGGUGGGCAGGGUUCACCUUCUUCAGGAGGCGGCCAGUCUGGUGGACAGAGUGGAUGUGAUUGUUCUGGGGGGACCUCUAGUGGAUCUCCUACCUUAGCCAGAAGUGAUUCCUCUGCAAAUGGUUCAUCAUCUUCUGGAGGCAGCCAGCACAACAGCCAAGGUUCCUAUUCUGGAGCUAGCCAGUAUGGAGAACGUGGAUCAUCAUCUUACGGAGGCAGCAGUUACAGUGGACAAGGUUCACCCUCUUCAGGAGGAAGCCAGCAUGGUGGGCAGGGUUCACAUUUCUCAGGAGGCAGCCAGUAUGGUGGACAGGGUCCGUAUUUCUCAGGUGGCAGCCAUUAUGGAGGACAGGGCUCACCUUCUUCAGGAGGCGGCCAGUCUGGUGGACAGGGUGGAUGUCUGUGUCCUGGUGGAAGUUCAGGCUCUUCUGGAGGAAGCAGCUACCAUGGUGGACAGGGUUCAUCUUAUUCUGGAAGCAGUCAGUAUGGUGGACAGGGCUCAUCUUCUGGAGGCCAACCACAUGGUAAACCAGGUUUAUCUUCCUCAGGAGGCAGUCAUCAAGGAAAGCCAGGCUCCUCUAGCUCAGGAAGCACUUAUUCUGGUAAACAGAAUUCAUCUUCCUCCGGGGGCAGCCAAGUGAGCUCUGCUGGGAAACACUCCAGUCCUGGACUCCUGCUCCUAUUCAGUGUUCUGAGUGCCUUUGCUGCCUCUGCUGCUGUGUCAAAGUGGUCUGUGUGAACUUCUGAAGAUGUGCUUGGUGUGCUAGACAUGGAUUAUACUCUGUAAUAUUAGAUUAAUUACUUGAUGUAAGAAAAAAAAUCCUUAAGUCAAAUUGGCAUAUGUUAUUUGGCUGUUAUGUUGUACAUCCGGUUAACAUGCCAUGCCUCUGAUUAGUUUACCUUUAGUUUUAGUAAUUCGUAGGCAUCAUUAGUUUUAUCAGUAUUUUAGACAUCAUUUUAAGAGAGCGUAUUGUGCCCUACCUAUAUGAUUUUUUUUAUUUCCAAUUAGGAAUGUGAUGAAUACCUAACUGAAAUUUGAUUUGUUCCGAAACUAUUUGGUUACUAACCAAAAAGGGAGGUGAGGGGGAUCAAACAAAUUGCCAACUGAGCACUGCCACUGGUCGUCAUCACAUAAAAUGAAGGUAGAUGUAAUUUCUGGUGAGCAGCCCUCCAUGAGACAGAAGGAGAGGCUAAGAUAAUAUCAGAGUGUUGUUUUAGUCUAUUGUAGUUAACUUCAAGUUCAAUAUGGAGGAUGCAAAGCAGAACAAAUAUUUCAUGACUUUGGGGAGCAUGUUAAACUUCAUCCAUCGGAGAAGUCAGACAGCCUAGAGCAAAGAAAUAUUAAACUCUGUUCAAACCAACUGCAAAUGGCUAGAGUUCUGUAGAGCAGCAUAGAAAGCAGUGUAAUCCAGAUUAGCCUGAUAGCCAUUAAAGUGCUGGAAAACAACAUUUUCAUUGGGAAUGCACGGUAAUUUAAUUAAGUUCAUCAAACCGAUAGAAUCCUGGGAUUGGCUCCUUUUCUCAAGUAUUUUGUCUAACCUGUGAUACCUGAUGUCUCUGCAAGUUUAAUUUCAAGAAUGAUGCUGAAAGCCACACAGUAGAGUAAAUGGGGUCGCAGAAAAUCACGGCCAGUCUUUGGCUU